CCCGCCAUGACCGGCUCCGCCGCGGACACUCGCCGCUGCCCCCAUCCCAAAGGCGCCAAAGGCACCCGGUCCCGGAGCAGCCACGCGCGGCCCGUGAGCCUGGCCACCAGCGGCGGCUCGGAGGAGGAAGACAAAGACGGCGGGGUGCUGUUUCACGUUAACAAGAGCGGCUUCCCCAUCGACAGCCACACCUGGGAGCGCAUGUGGAUGCACGUGGCUAAGGUGCACCCCAAGGGGGGAGAAAUGGUGGGCGCCAUCAGAAACGCGGCCUUCUUGGCAAAGCCUUCAGUCCCCCAGGUUCCAAACUACAGGCUGCCCACGCCCAUCCCGGACUGGCUGCAGGCAGUGCAGACUUACAUGAAGACGCUGCAAUAUAACCACACGGGGACCCAGUUCUUUGAAAUUAGGAAAAUGAGACCGCUGAGCGGGUUGAUGGAAACCGCGAAAGAGAUGACCCGGGAGGCCUUGCCCAUCAAAUGCCUGGAGGCUGUCAUCCUGGGCAUAUAUUUAACCAAUGGACAGCCUUCUGUUGAGCGAUUCCCCAUCAGCUUUAAAACCUACUUCUCAGGAAACUACUUUCAUCACGUUGUGCUGGGGAUUUACUGCAACGGCCGCUAUGGCUCGCUGGGCAUGAGCCGGAGGGCUGAGCUGAUGGACAAGCCGCUGACCUUUCGGACUCUGAGUGACCUCAUCUUUGACUUCGAGGACUCCUACAAGAAGUACCUGCACUCGGUCAAGAAGGUCAAGAUCGGGCUGUACGUGCCCCACGAGCCGCACAGCUUCCAGCCCAUCGAGUGGAAGCAGCUGGUCCUCAAUGUCUCUAAGAUGCUGAGGGCUGACAUCAGGAAGGAGCUGGAGAAAUACGCCAGGGACAUGAGGAUGAAGAUCCUGAAACCUGCAAGUGCCCACUCUCCAACUCAAGUAAGAAGCCGGGGGAAAUCCCUGUCCCCCCGAAGGAGACAGGCCAGCCCCCCGAGACGGCUCGGCAGGCGAGACAAGUCAAUCCUGAGAGCUAAGCUGGACCUGGUGGGCAUGUUUGUGUGGCUGUGAGGGUGAGUGCAGGGGAACACCGGCGAGUUCUUCCUCUGCUCAAGUGGGGGUUGUGACUUCAAGUGCACCAGGAGCCAGAAGCAUGUGUCCGCUGGUGGCCUGUGCAUCCCCACCAGCAACCCCAAACUGGACACAGAGGGGCUGUGUCCCUGAAGCAUCUCACCAGGACAUCCCUUCCUGUUAGAGGAAAGGAAUAGAUUUUGCCCCCACAGAGAGCAGGAACUGCCAUUUGUCUUGGUAACCCUAAGACUUGCAUCCCACUUCAGCUCCCAACAUACGGUCAUCGCUUUCUGAUUCUGAAGCUUCUGUGGCUUUAUUGACAACGUUUAACCCAGCUGAGCUCUUCCUCACCACUGGGGCUGCCUCAGGCCUGAGACACUCAUGUUCCUGAGGGCAUGAGAAAUUCAGUGUCUCAGGGUGUAUGAAGAAUCACUUGCCACCUGGUACGCAAGGGGACGGCUUACACUCCCUGAACGGUACAAGGUUUGGGUAGCCGUGCAAGCGCUAGCAGUGCUUUCUGCAGAAUACCUUCUUUGUGGCGCUGCCACCAUGUUCUCCCUUCCCUCCGCUGGGGACGACCUGAAGGGAAGGGCAAAGAGCUGGAGAUUCUCAAGGAGCUAAUCUCUUUCCCCCAUGGCCCGUUGAUGUUAAAUGUUGAUGUCUGCCUUGUCAGCUGUCGGUCUCCGUGCCUGGAGCCCGGGAAGGAAGGUGGGCGCAAGGGGCAGGAUGGCUUGCAUGAGGCUCUCUCUGGCAGCCUCUCAGCGUGGACUCCUGGAAGGCAGUCUCUGUGCCGGGCUUGGGGCUAGGCCGUCAGCGCUCACCCUAGCUCACCCGGCCUUUAAGUGACAGCAGAUAAGGCCAGGAUUAUCCAUUUAUGUGCUGAGAGACACGUCCCCUCCUUCCUGCCACCGAGUGAGUCAAAGGAAACUUAAAGCCGUUACCAGCCUGAGUCUUUCACAAGGAAAAUCCUUUGAUUCUCUUUUCUUUUUGGACUGGGGAGGGGCUUGGAGACAUGUAUUGUUCAGUCUAAAAUAAUACCCCUGGAUCUGAUGAGUGGUUCUGGGCAAGUGCAGACCCAGCUGAAUCAUCACUCUGGUGGUGGUUUCUUAAAAAUAACCCCCUCGCAAUGUUCUAAUUAUAGGCAGGGGAGCACUUGAAGAGGCCUCUCACACACAAUAGCUGAGCUGGCCCUGGCCUGGGGAUGAGCUGGAAAGGACUAAAUGGUAUUUCUGGCCGGGCCCCACAGCCAGAGUGGCCUGCUGGGAUAACCCACUUCUGCCCUUUGCCAGGCCAGGACAUUGUGGCCACCGUUGAGGUGAAAGUGGUUCACCUUCCAGAAGUUCACCAGGAAUCGCUAUUUAACGCCUUUCUGCCUUUGUCUCCCCUGGGUCCUGGGUACCUGGGGAGGCAGGGCCAGGUGAGGAUACAGAGGCAGACCACCCAGGUCUGUUGGAGGCCCUGAGUUAUUUACUGGUGCAGAAUUACAUUCAGCUUUACAAGCAGGCCGGUUCCCCAAGUGGCUGUCAGAGGUAAGAUAAAACCUCUCCUAUACAGAAAAACCAAACAGCAUUCUUCCUACAUGCUAACUCUUAGAAUGUUGUCAUGCUAACUUGAAUUCCUGGCUUAGGACUAUGUUAACAAUUACCCAUGAUAAAGGUAACAUAAUGAAGCCCUAUCAGACAUUGAAAUGUUAGUGAGAACGUGGCCACAGUGAAGUAAGAGGUUUGGGUUAUUCAACAGUGAGGCUUCACCAGUGAAUGUACUUGGUCCCUACUCUCAACUUGUUCAUUCUCUGAGGCAGGUGCAAGGGCUAUGAAUUGGCAGGAUUCUUUAGCAGAACAUACAAAGGCAAUGCCAAGUAGGUGCUUGGCCCUGUGAGAGGAGUCAGAAAACGCUUCAUGGGAGAAGUGGCAUUUGGGCUGGACCUCGCAGGGAAGACGAGAAGACCUAGGGAAGGGCAUCGCGUGGUCCAGGUGCAGAGGCAGGCAUGGCCCUGGUGUCCUCAGAUGCUUUGUGUGGGGAGUGGGAAGGUAGGGGGCAGUUUCCAUCCCAUUCUAGAUUCUGGGAUGAAUGCUGGCUCCACCAAUGGCUGACCAAGCUACUUUGCUUUGAGCUGGCUCCUAAUUUGCAGUGAUCCAUUUUCUCCAUAAAGCUGGGUAGCAGUGAUGAGCCGUGAGGUUAUGGCCAUGAUGCAGCAGCCCAUGGAAGCUCGCUCAUGCAGGUGCAGGAUAAGCAGAAGCUAUUUAUAAUGGUGAUUUCUCAGCCCCUGGGAGGUGUGGGGGAUGUGACAAGGUGCUAAGGAAAGGGUUAGAAAAAGCAGGCUAAUACCCCCAAAUUAGUGAGCUUUCGAGAGUGCCAGAAUGAGGGCAAAGGGUGAAGUUUUAGACACAAAGAGAAAUGGGGUGCUAAGGGGCCCCAGCCAGUGAUCAAAAUGUCUUCUGAGGCAGUGGCAGGCCUGUGGCUGCUUGUGCAGGGACCCCAGAGGUGCCCACCUGGCAGGGCUGAGAGGUGGGGUUGUGGUCUCCGUGACCUGCCUGGGGCCUUGUGUCUCUGACGUAGGUCACAGGACUGAGGGAGAGAAAAGAGGUCCGUGACAGCAGCGCUGGACUAGUGUCUUACUGGCCUGAUGUCCUACAGAAAGUCAGCAUGUUCAAGGCUCAGAAGGGCAGAGGAGACUCAAGGGAAAGGUGUCAGGCCAGGAAGAUGUGUGGGGAAGGUUCCGAAAUGGGGCGGAUGAUUGGGGAGUGCGGCAAGGCCAGGAAGAACUCUCUUUCUACACCAGGAACUGCUGGAUCUUCAGACGAGGUCUCAGAGCAGACGGGCACAGGUGGUUGACAACUGGCCCAGUGGUUGAGGGGGGACCAUGAGAAUGUGUAGGACGAGUUUGUUGCUGGAGUCUUGUCCUCACUGACGACAUCCUCGGUAGAGGCCACUUCUGGUUCCAUUGACAUUCACACCAGGGGAAACCAUUUGCUAUUAGGAAAUCAUUCAAAGGUUUAAACCAAAAUACUCUUAAACAAUUAUAUUUUUGUUUUGGCUUUUUUUUUUUAAGAACACUUUGACAGAUUCAUGUGUAACCUGAAAUGUCUUUGAUCUUAUA